AUGGAAGAACUUACAGCUUUUGUCUCCAAGUCGUUUGAUCAGAAAGUGAAAGAGAAAAAGGAGCUGAUCACAUACAGGGAGGUUCUGGAGAGUGGACCUGUCAGAGGAGGCAAGGAGUCAGGCGGCUCCAGCGAGCCCAGCCGGGAAGACGUGAGCAGCCCAGCGGUCCGAGCAGGAGGAGUAGGCGGCGGCGGUGGAGGAGGCGGAGCGCGGUCUCCAGUCAGAGAGCUGGACAUGGGCGCCGCCGAGAGAGCCAGGGACACGGGCACUCCCAAACUCAGCGAGGUCUCCCCAGAGCUGAAGGAUCGCAAAGAGGAUGCGAAAGUGAUGGAGGACGAAGGGCAGACUAAAAUCAAGCAGAGGAGAAGCCGGACCAAUUUCACUCUGGAGCAGCUGAACGAGCUGGAGAGGCUUUUCGAUGAGACCCACUAUCCGGACGCCUUCAUGCGAGAGGAGCUGAGCCAGAGGCUGGGACUGUCCGAGGCCAGAGUGCAGGUCUGGUUUCAAAACAGAAGAGCUAAAUGUAGAAAACAAGAAAAUCAACUUCAUAAAGGGGUUCUUAUAGGAGCAGCCAGUCAAUUUGAAGCUUGCAGAGUUGCACCAUAUGUCAAUGUAGGCGCUUUGAGGAUGCCAUUUCAGCAGGAUAGUCAUUGCAACGUGACGCCCUUGUCCUUUCAGGUUCAGGCCCAGCUGCAGUUGGACAGCGCCGUGGCACACGCACAUCACCACCUCCACCCACACCUGGCCGCUCACGCCCCCUACAUGAUGUUCCCUGCGCCGCCCUUCGGCCUGCCAUUGGCCACACUGGCCGCGGAAUCCGCCUCAGCAGCUUCGGUGGUGGCAGCAGCGGCGGCGGCCAAGACCACCAGCAAGAACUCCAGCAUCGCUGACCUCAGACUGAAAGCCAAAAAGCACGCGGCUGCUUUAGGGCUGUGA